UGGUCUAAGUACGGCCGCGGUAUCCGGUGUCUCACUGACCAUGGGCGCCGCGUCGUCGUUCAGUACCAAGAACAGCGGCCACUCAGACGGCGCCACUUCCGAAUGCAGCAGCCUGGCGCCUUAUUGGAUACCGGAAGAGAUCAAGCACUACUUCCUCCACCGACACUCGGCGUCCGAGGAGGACGACAGCAGCCACAAGGUAGACUUGGCGUUGCGCGCCAUCGGACGCGAGAGGGAGCUUCCGGCGAUCGACGACAGUGACUGGUCGCGGGGAAAGUGUUGUCGGAAGCCCCGGCACCCGGAUCGUCGCGGUCAUGGCGGUGGUCACGGCCAUUCUGCUCGCCCUGGUGAUCGCCGCAGUCGUGACCAAAUACCGCGUCGUGCUGAAGGAAUCCGGACGGCGGGAGUCUGCCGGUGACGGCGACGACCUGGUGGGGGCCCACAUCGCCAGCGAGAACACGGGCGAUAUGCCGACGCCGGUCCUGAGCGAAGAACACUCGCGAGGCGCAGCCAUCGCGGAAGCGGCGAAUCCCGCAGACUCCCGGCCUGAAGAAGUGGAGGAGGCUGUGGACGCUGCAGGCGGCGGGCAUGAGGCGAUGGUAAAUC